AGCGUGAAGUGAAUUGAAAACCAUCAGACGCAAUAAAUUGUGUACCAAUUAAGAAAAUAUAUAAAGAAGAAGCGAUAAAGUCACCCCCGCAAAUAAACGUGAUCAAAAUGUAUGGAAUGCUACUGGAAAGCGUACAAUAUUUCGUUCAGCUUGAAUAUGGAGAAGCGGUUUGGAAUCAGGCUCUUCAAGCCACAGGAUGCAAAUACUCUGUCUUCAAUACACAUCAAAUCUAUUCGGAUUCUCUAAUGCCAGAUCUUGCAGCAGCCCUUUCAGCCAUUACAGGAAAGUCCAUUGAAUCCUUUAUGGUAUUUUUUGGACGAUGUUUCGUAAGGUUCUUCAGUAAUUUUGGAUACGACAAGAUGAUUAAGGCCACUGGGAGAUUUUUCUGCGAUUUUUUGCAAUCUGUGGAUAACAUUCAUCUUCAGAUGCGCUUUACAUAUCCUAAAAUGAAAAGUCCUAGCAUGCAGCUCACGGAAGUAGAUGAAAAUGGUGCGGUGCUUGUGUAUCGGAGUACUCGUUCUGGUUUCUCAAAAUAUUUCAAAGGACAACUGAUGGAAAUUGCAGAUGCAUUGUAUGGGCUCAAGCUAAAGAUAACAAUUAUUGAUCGACAAAAUGACACCACAGGAGGAACCACAGGCCCUAUCGCCAUUCAGGGAGGUCUUAAAACAGUCAUAGUUCGCUAUCGUUUAGAUUUCGAUAAUAAAGAUUACAUGGAGGCCAAAGUUAACAAAACCAUCCAUCCCUCUCAGAAGAAACUUGGCCCCGUUGAUGGUACAGUCCUCUUGGAGAUGUUUCCAUUUGCUAUCAUCAUCGACGAAAGCAUGCAGAUCUCAGGAGCUGGCGAAAAGAUGGUAGAAGCCUGGGGAUUAGACAAUGUAACUUCCAGUGGUCAAAGCACAAUUAUCUACUCAACAGUGACUGAUCACUUUAAGCUCCGUCGUCCCAAGGGUAUUCCCUUCACUUGGCAAAAUAUUUUACAUUUUCACACAGUACUCUUUGAGCUGGAAUUAAUCAGAAUAUCCCACGAGGAUAAAGAUGAGGAUAAAAAGGAAUCUCAUGCAAUAUCUUUGGAUGCUAUGACAAUCACAGCUGAGAGAAGAGAGUCUCAGGGAGUAAUGAAAAACAUUUUAUUGAAAGGACAAAUGCGCUUCAUAACAGAAAUAAAUUCAGUGAUAUUUCUCUGCAGCCCUAUUAUAAAUAAUCUGGAUGAAUUGCAUAACAUGGGGCUAUUUCUCAAUGAUCUCAAUGCUCAUGGAUUAAGCAGGGAAAUGGUGAUGGCUGGAUGGCAGCAUUUUUCACGACUUGAGUAUACAUUUGAACGAGAAGAGCAGAGAUCAGAUGAACUCGAGACAUCCCUACACCUUGCUGAUUCCUGGAAACGCCAAGGCGACGAUUUGCUGUACUCAAUGAUUCCUAAACCUGUUGCUGAGCGUCUUCGUGCUGGUUUGAAUCCACUGUCAACUUGCCAGAGUUUCGAACAGGUCACAGUAGUAUUUGGGGAGCUGCACGAUGAUUCUCACUUGAGCACAGAUAUUAAAGAUGCAAUGAGUGCUGUAACAACCCUCAACACUUGCUUUUCAGCUUUUGAUGAGCUUGUUCAUUCGCCUAUGGUAUACAAAGUGGAAACCGUGGGUCAUGUAUACAUGGUGGUCAGUGGAGCACCAGACAUGAAUCCACUCCACGUACAACACGCUUCUGACUUAGCAAUCAACAUGGUAGCGAAAAUCAAAGAGCUUGAUUUACCAGGAGUCAGCGUAAAAAUAGGUCUCCACAGUGGUCCUGUGGUUGCUGGAGUUGUAGGGCUAAAAGUCCCGAGAUACUGUCUCUUUGGAGACACAGUUAAUAUUGCUUCUCGGAUGGAGAGCAGUGGUGAGCCAAACAAGAUUCAAGUAACCGAGUACAUUGCUCAGAAAUUACGAAAACUCGGCUACAUGCUCGAAAGUCGUGGCUUGGUGAAGGUGAAAGGCAAAGGCGAAAUGAAAACUUUUUGGCUCGAAAGUGGGCCCAAAAAACACAACUUUUCAAAAAUGGAUAAGUUCUUAGUGAUGGUCAGCGUAACUGUGAUAUUCAGCAUAUUGUCUCAACCAUUUUUAAAUGCCGCCCCAUCGAGAAACACUUGUAAUUGUGUUUGUGGUGUUCGUGGCCGAUCGGACCGAAUUGUCGGCGGAAGAGAGGCUAUUCCUCAUAACUUCCCAUGGCUUGUGGGCUUGUAUACCCAGGAAAAAUUAUAUUGUGGAGCUACAGUCAUCAGCCGAUCGCAUCUCCUAACUGCAGCUCACUGCGUGGAUGGUAUAGAGCCGAGUGAAAUUCGUGUCUUCCUUGGUGGUCAUAAUCUCACUAGUGACUACACUGAACAACGACGCGUCCGCAAAAUCAUGCAGCAUGAAUAUUUUGAUAUUUUUACUUUCAACAAUGACAUUGCUAUCAUUGAGAUGGACAAACCUGUAAAAUACGGUCCCACGAUUCAACCAGCAUGUCUUCCAGAUCCAUCUGUUACCGACUAUACAGGAUCCCUCACUAUUAUCGCCGGAUGGGGAAGAAUUGCUGAGAAACAAGAGACAUCGUCAGUCUUGAGAUCAGUCAUUGUUCCGGUGUGGUCGAUGGAACAGUGCCGAGAUGCUGGAUAUGGUAGGAAACGCAUCACAAACAAUAUGAUGUGUGCUGGAUACCAUGACGGACGCCGUGAUGCCUGCCAAGGAGACUCAGGGGGUGCCAUGAACAUGGAAGGUUCCAGUGGUAGUAUGGAAGUUAUUGGUGUUGUAUCAUGGGGUAGAGGUUGUGCUCGUCCAAAUCUCCCAGGAAUUUAUACACGAGUUGUCAACUAUUUGCCCUGGAUCCGGAAGCAAAUGAAAAACACAUGUACCUGUCGGCCACGAAAAGGAACGCGGAACGAUGUACUCGAGACAAUGAUAGAAGUAGAUGAUUACUAAAUAACCAUCGUAUACAGAUGCAUCCGAGAACACAAAAUUCCAGUCUAGUCACUAUAUUGAUUUUAAUUUUCAUUUUCUGUAUUCAAAUUAUUUGCCUUUAUAUCUUACCUCUCCUUCCGAAUGUGCACGGAAGAAAAUAUGGAGAUGGAAAAAUGUAUACAUCUCAUGAAUAUAUGUAUAUAUACGUGAAAGAUCCA